CUAAUUUUAACCAGAUUAAAAAACAGUGCCACAAAUCGUCUCUCUUCGUUGCCCCUUCAUCUCCGGUAAGUUUCCCCUCUUUCACUCUUCUCCUAUUCGUCUCUCCGACUGAUUUCGUCCGGUGGAUUCUCUGCCUUGAAAAGAAAAAAUAAAACCUGUUGAUUCUUUAUCGUUACUCCGACUUGGGUUUGCGAAAUCAGUCUCAUAUUUCCAAUUUCGCUCAAAUUCCUCUCACAAAGAUGUAAUUUUUUUUGUAAUGAUUUUAGCUUCCAUUGCAACCGCCUUGAACGUUUCUUCUUCGUUUUCUGAUCCUGAGGGGAAAGAUCAAAUGGAUAACAUUGUGGACUCACUGAACAAAGCUUACGAGAAGUUUGUUCUUGCCUCAGCUAAUGUUCUCGAGGCCAAGGAGAGUGCAGGAGGGCAGAAGGCUUCUCUCACUGAUGCUGCGCUGGAGAACUUCAAGGAGAAAUGGGAACUGUUCCGCGUGGCUUGUGAUCAAGCCGAGGAGUUUGUGGAGUCAGUGAAGCAGAGGAUUGGAUCUGAGUGUUUAGUCGAUGAGGCUACUGGUUUAACCGCUGCGACAGGCCAAGCAACAGCAGCUGCUGGUGCUGCGACUAGUCUCCCACCCAUUAGUGCUGUUAGGCUCGAACAGAUGAGUAGAGCGGUUCGAUGGCUCGUUCUUGAGCUGCAACGUGGCUCUGGUGGUGUGGCUGCUGGUUCUGUGCAUUCUUCCUCUACCGGGUUUGAUGCUAGGUUCUCUGAAGACUCUACUCAA